AUGAUGCUGGACCAUGAGUUAACAUCCACCACCACUCAUUUGUAUGGAUUUACCGGAGAUAACAUCACUCCGAGAGGAAAAAUCACACUCGCAGUAGAGAUGGGGGAGUCUCCCCAAACCACAAUGAACUUCAUGAAAUUACUUGUUGUCGACAAUCGAUCGGCCUACCAUGGAGUAUUGGGUAGGCCAGCCCUAAAGGAAUUAGGAGCCAUCACCUCCAUCCACCACCUAUGCAAGAAAUUCCCGAUGGAAAAUGGGGUGGCAACGGUGAGAAGUGACCAAAGAGGUUCAAGAGAGUGUUAUCUAAACUCCAUCAGAAAGGCCGAGCCCCAAGACAUCCAUGUAAUUAUUGUCGACAAAGUCAUGAUUGAUGUCCCAGGUGAUGCUCCCGUUGACCCGAAAGAUGUCGAAAUGAUUGACGCCCCACCCAAGCCGGAAUUAUUGGUCAUCGAUGAGAUUGAUCCCCUCAUAAUUGAACAUGAACCUCAAGCAUCCCCAGUCAGUAAGGGCUUGUCCAACACUUCGAAAGAAAAGCUGAAAGAUUUCCUAAGUAGGAAUCUCGAUAUCUUUGCUUGGAGGCAUGAGGGCUUGGUAGGUAUAGACCCCAAGGUCAGUUGCCACCACCUGAAAAUUGAUCCUAAAAUUGCCUCGCAUAGACAGAAAGGGAGAGCCCUUAAUCCUGAGAGGUACGAGACCCUGAAGGAAGAAGUUCGGAAGCUCAUCAAAAAUGGUUUCAUCAGGGAGGCCACCUAUCCGAUGUGGGUCUCCAAUCUAGUUUUAGUGAAGAAACACAGCGGCAAGUGGAAGGUGUGCAUCGAUUUCACUAACCUUAACAGAGCUUGCCCGAAGGACAGCUUUCCACUUCCAAGUAUUGACCAACUGGUAGACUCCAUAGCUGGGCAUGAGUUAUUGAGCUUCAUGGACGUUUACUCCGGCUACAACCAAAUUCCCAUGCACCCAGCCGAUGAGGAACACACAUCUUUCAUUAUAGACCGAGGCCUUUACUUCGACAAGAUGAUGCCCUUCAGCUGGAGACCAUUUAACGCACCUCAACAGCACCUUCCAAAUCUUGAGAAGAUAUAG